CGCAGUCAAAGUCAGAAUGGUAUAGCUUACAAAAACGUGAGAGAACAAUCAAAACAAAAGAGAAAAAGGUUUAUCAUUUGUAUUAUCUUAACGGAAAAAGUUUCAGUUAACCAGGAGGAAAUUUAUAUCAAUUCAACAAUACAGGUAUUGAAAGUUGAGCUGUACAUCAAUUUAAUACUUGAUCAUCCUGGAUAUCUAACAUAAUGAGGUAGAAACAUGCCAGAUCAUCUGUUCUACCAGCACAGCACAACCAACAUUUGAACGCAUCCCAAAAUUUUACCUCCAAUUCUCUUCAUUCAUAAAUAUCAGCAGAAAGUUUUGGAAAGAGACGGACUAUCUGAUUGGAGGAGAGACACACUUUUAAAAAAAAGUUACAGUUAAUUUGAUUGGAAGAAAUCAUAAUCUAUAUAGAAGAGGACUUUUGAUUGGACAUUGAAAAAAGAGUCAAAACGUUUGAUUGGAGGAGAGUUUAAAGUAAUAGAAGUUUUGAUUGGUUGAAAGAAAUAGGUAGAAAAAAAUGGAUUUACCCGUCCCAACUAAGACAUCAACGGAUGGUCAGGCACCAGGCUUACCAUUAAGGGAUCUUGGUUCCUUUGUGCAUUCAUCAACUGUGAGCGAUGCUGAAAUUAAAGAUCAUAGAUCUGCAGACACAGUAUAUGUGGGGCUUCAUCUCCCACGGCAACGUCGCAGUCGGCAGAAGCGUGGUCACAAGAGGAAAUCAUCGCAGCCGCACCUGGACGCUACGCCAUCAAUGACUGAAG